AUGACUACGUUUAGCGGCGAUGAAACUGCUCCGUUCUUCGGCUUCCUCGGCGCAGCGGCCGCCCUCGUCUUCUCCUGUAUGGGAGCUGCUUAUGGAACUGCAAAGAGUGGUGUUGGUGUAGCUUCAAUGGGAGUGAUGAGACCUGAAUUGGUUAUGAAGUCUAUUGUCCCUGUGGUUAUGGCUGGUGUUUUGGGUAUUUAUGGGUUGAUUAUUGCUGUUAUCAUCAGUACCGGUAUCAAUCCCAAGGCUAAGUCUUAUUACCUCUUUGAUGGAUACGCACACCUCUCGUCCGGUCUUGCUUGUGGUCUUGCUGGUCUCUCAGCUGGUAUGGCCAUUGGAAUUGUUGGAGAUGCUGGCGUCAGGGCAAAUGCUCAGCAGCCUAAGCUCUUUGUUGGGAUGAUUCUUAUUCUUAUCUUUGCGGAAGCACUUGCUCUCUAUGGUCUCAUCGUAGGCAUCAUCUUAUCCUCUCGAGCUGGCCAGUCCCGAGCAGAAUGA